AUGUCACCGCAUCUUUUUGAACAGCCACAUCAUGUUGGAUAUCAAUAUUUGCGCUUUAGUCUUGAAGACGAAACCUUUCAAACCGUUAUGAACACCUCAUACGAUUUGGUGAUUGCGGACGAGCUGUUUGUGACAGCACAAGGUGCAAUGGCGCUGAAGCUACGCGAAAAAUUUGGGACGAAGUUUGCUACAAUGACCACUACGGAUAUAGCAAGCAUAUACGGUAUGUACAGAUCCAUUGGACGCAAUCCUGUAAUUAACCCUAGCUAUUACACGAAGAGCUACGAAGUACAAAACUAUGACAUACACAACUUCUUCGGGCGUCUUAAUACUGUAUGGGACGCAAUCGCAGAACUGUACUACAUAAACGUAGCAGCCAACUCAUGGUUAAUCAAAGCUGGCAAACUGCUAGACCAAAGCUGUUCGUUCAAGGAAAUUUACCAGGGUUCUCAUGCCACGUUCAUGGACUAUCCUACCGCCUUUGGUUUUCCUGCUUCGCAUAGCAGGAGCUUUGUUCACAUUGGAGAGCAUUGCCAAAAAGCUCGCGAGCUUCCCUCGGAUCUGCGUCAAUUUGUAGAAGAUCCAACAUCGAAAGGGACCAUUUAUAUAGCAUUUGGAUCGAUAGUGGAUUGGGAUGUGGCUCCCCGGAAGGUGAUUGCCUCGUUCUUUACUGUCCUGAACAAUCUCACCGAUUAUAGAGUUAUAUUCACUUAUAGUGGUCCGGAAGUGAAAGACAUUAAACCGCAUGUGAAACUGCUGAAGUGGUCCCCGCAGAACGAUAUACUCUCACAUAACAAGACA